AUGGACGAUGUCCUUCGAACCAGUUCUAUUAGGUUGCUCCAAGUAGGAGAAGCCUUGGGAAUUCGCAAUCUAGAUCCUGAGUCUGGGAAAAUCUUCGUAACAGGGGGCGUCGGUGUGAUUGGACACCGCGUAGCCCUUCGCCUGCUUCGAGCCGGAUAUCCUGACGUCCGUCUUGGAGCUCAUCAUGCUUCCAGUUUAGAAGAGGAAAACAAAAUGGGAGCAGAGAUUGCCGAUUUUGCGUGGGAUCGAGAGGAAACCUACGAAAGCGCGUUAAAAGGAGUCAAGUCAGUUCUAUGCACCGUUGCGUACACAAAGGAAUGGCAGAAACACUUUCCCGUAUUUCUCAAGGCCUGUGAGAAGGCACAAGUCCGGCAUUUUGUCAAGCUCUCUUUCUACCAUGCCCGAAUUGCUGGAGAUCCUUUUCAGGAGAUUCCUCUGGUCAAGGCCCAUGGUGACUGCGAUGAGCUACUGAUCGAGUCACUUUCGCCCACGAUCGAAAGCUUUGGCCACGGCGACAUGGACGUGGCUGUGGACUUCGCCAAGCCACACAUGUCGUACACCAUAUUGUACGCCUCACACUUUAUGAGUAACGCCUUCACUAUGCAGGGAAAAGAACUGCACAACUCCGCAAAUCUUGCAACAUUCUUUGGAGCUUCCGGGAAUCGAGGCGUCAACUACGUUUCUCCGAACGACAUCGCGGAGGUAGCAGUCCGUGUCCUGCUCGAGCCUCGCCAAUAUUACAAUAAGGAACUUACUCUUACAGGACCUCAAGCUAUAACGGACCAACAGGUAGCCGAUCUUAUCUCCAAACAUUUGAAUAAGCCAGUCAUGUAUGUCGACCAACCGCUUCGAGAAUUCAAAACUGAAAUUUGCAUGAGUGGAGAUCCUGAAUGGAUGGUUCAGGACCUAGUUUGCCUAGAGAAAAUAAAGGCGACGGGUACAGAGGACUCACUUUCUUUUGUUACGCACGAUGUGGAGAAGGUUUGUGGCCACGAGGCAGAGUCGUUUGAAGACUAUCUCCGAGAGACAGACUAUAUGACUGUCGUUGAACGGGGUGCGGAGCCUGAGCUCAAGCCACUGAAGCCAACAGUGUACUAG